CUUUUUCAUACUUUUAUAUAGGGCUUGGAUCCCCAUUAGAAUCUGGGUUUUCACAUCUUUGAAACGGUUUUGUUUUUGUGCUUUUUUCUUUUCCUUUUUCCUUCUAUAUAUAUAUAUAUAUUCUUCUCUAUUGUCUCUCUACCUUGAUUGUCAAUAGUUCUUUUCCUUUACCUAUUACUUCCUGUUUCUAGUUACUACACUUCUACUUAUUACUAGUAUUGUUGCUACUGCUACUACCACUAGUACUACUACUACUACUACUACGAAAAAAAAAAAGAACUACUACUUCACUGUUAAUAGUCGUCUAGCCCUAGUACAUUCACUAGUACUACUACUACGACGUCUGUCUAUAUUGUUUUCUAGAGGAUUGAAUUUUCUGCGAUUUGUUAGUUGUCUGUAAAAGAAAAAAGAAGAAAUAGUUUCUUUAGUUUACUUGCAUUGGACUUGUGUUUUUUCAUAUUUUUUUAACUCUCGGUUUUUAAAUCUCGGUUCUACACUUUUUUAUCCUUUUAUUUUUUAAAUUUUUAAGUUUUCUUUUUGUGCAUUCUUCUCGAUUGUACAUUCUUCCAGGUUUUGCUCUCUUUGUAUCUUCUAUCUGGAAAACAAAAACAAAAGAAACUUGGUUACCAGAAAAACCAAAGGUUUUCCUAGUUUCCCCCGUGUUGCUCAACUCGUUUCCCACACUACGAUUUUUGUGUGUUGUGUUGUGCUGUGUUUCUAUAAAAUUUUCGCAUCUUUGCUUCAUCUUGUGUGAUUCCAGGUCGAAAUCGAAAUCCUUACCGUUUUCUAAUCAGCAUCAUCAUCAUGUCUCCCACUAGUCCUUCUAACCCUACUUCUGUAGGUAGUCCUCUUCAACAUGGCUAUAAUCCUUCUUCAUACCAGGACGGCGCUACUCCUUCGUUCACCACCGGCACCACAGGAGCCGAUGCAGCCGAUGCAACUCAAGCUAACCACGCCGAAGGUGCUCAACCCACUCAUCCAACAUUUCUCGACACGAAUUCUCAAGGACUUCACAACGCUAUGCCAAGCGGUGCUGUUACUCCCAAUACUGUGGAUGUGCCCUAUCACAUCCCAAAACACUCAGAGUCUCGGAAGCUUAAACAUUUUUAUGCCAGCCGUGCCGAACCAAUCUACGACCAGACUGAAAAACUAGCUAAUCAAGUUGCCGAGCUUCAACGUCAGCAAAACAAACUCUUUGGUCCUUCCGGUGCUGAUUUUGAACCCGGUAUCCAUCGACUUCGUUUCUUCAAAAAUGCUAACCCUGGUCCCUUUGGUCUCUUCUCUUUCGCCUUCACCACCUUUCUUCUAUCGCUCAUCAACCUUGCUGCUGGCCACGUCACCAACUCCCGUAUCAUCGUAGCUCCUGCAAUGUUCUACGGUGGUCUUGCUCAAAUUCUUGUAUCCAUGUGGGAAAUGGCUUCUGGUAACACUUUCGGUGGUGCCGUAUUCGGUAGUUAUGGUUGUUUCUGGCUUUCGUAUGGUGCGAUAUUUAUUCCAUGGUUCCAUAUUGCAAAUUCAUAUACGGACCUUGACGAGUUUAAUUACGCUGUCGGUCUCUUUCUAAUAUGUUGGUUUUUGUUUACUAUGCUCAUCACCCUAUGUACCAUACGUUCUACCCUCGCUUUCUUUUGUUUGUUUGCUACACUUGACGUAACCUUUCUCCUUUUGGCUGCUGGCUAUUUCAAAACAAGUGGCGGCGCUCCCGAUACUCCUUUAAUUCGCGUCGGUGGUGGUUUUGGUCUUGCGUGUGCUGCCUUUGCCUUUUACAAUGCUCUGGCAGGUAUUGCUACGGUUGAAAACUCCUUCUUCAGCGUGCCUCGUGCAGUCUUCCCAUGGAGUUUGGAGGGUCUUAGUCCCAGCGAGGCCAACCGUAGACGUAUGUUUGCCGAUGACGAGAGCGAAAAGAUGGCUUAAGUUGAAUUUCACUCUCCUCUUCUUUUCCUAUAACUUUUGUUCCUUUAUUUUCAAGCCAAAGGCGUCACCCAAACUUUCCGAUACCUGUCUCCUCCUAGGUACCGUGCAUCUACGAAUGAAUUACGUCUUGAUAAUAUUCUUUGGUUGCGUUUGGUUCUCUCACAAUAUGUUUUGGUGAUCACAAACCCUUGUUUGAAUUUCAAUGAUCAUAGUUGUUGUUGAUAAAAGACACACUCUACCCUUUAAUUAGCGGAUCCUCCUUGUGUCCUUCUCCAUUCCUUCUCCAUCCCUUUGACAUUCUUUUUCUUAUUCUGUAUAUUCUUAAUCAAUCGGUCCGGUUUUCAUAAUCCAUGUAUUUUCUUGAUGGAGUGGUAAGCAACUGAAGUUCGAUGUCUAUAAUUAUGAAUGGAAUCAAUGAUAGCGACAAACAAACCCUUUUUGUUUACAACAUUUCUUUUGUUCGUUCUAUCGUGAAGUGUCUAUUGUAUAUCUUCUUGACUUUCUAACUAUAUGUGCUUCAUGAGCUCUUCUCCUUCCAAAAAUUCUAAGAAAAUGGGUAUGCACCCUUGUACCUUACGAGCUCCGACUAUGCCUAAAAGCACGUUCACGUCUCUAAAAAGCAUUUAGUUUUCUAUACACUAUAAUUCUUGUUCCAGCCUAGUUUCAUUCUCCUUUACACUCUACUCUACUGUGCAUAAAUAUUAAUAAAAGUGUGUGUAUAUCGAACCCUA